AUGGACCUAGCCGCUACUACAUUGCUCACAAUAUGCAUGAUCGUUCUUACUGUUUCUUCCAGAACGACUUUGGCAUUUCAACCGUCGAGAGGAAACCAAAAAAACGCCAACCCAUUUUACCGUCGGGAAUCAACCAAACUAGAAGUCAAUGGUUUCUGGGAUGCCUUGCCGUUUGCUCCAAAGUACAAAGAGAAGCGAAGAGAAGAAGAUCUUGUCCAAGCUACUGAGUAUCUGGAACAGGUUUUGGAAGAGGCAAAAGCUUCCCUGGACGAAGCAAACUUGGCGUUGGCAGAUGCUGAUUCGGUACUAUCUCGGCAAAAAGAUGACGGCUCCGUUGUACUAUCUAAAGAUGAUGGUGGGAACGAUGAUUGGUCGUGCAUGACGGUACCCAUGCUCAAACAAUCACUAAAGGAUAAAGGACUGAAAGUAUCUGGGAAAAAAGUCGACUUGGUACGUCGUCUAGAAGCCUUUGAGUCGGAAAUGCUGGACGACACAACAAGUGGGGAUGAUACCGAAGAAAGUUUUUUGGAAGCCGACGGUUCGGAAGAGAUAGAGACAAUGGAAAGUGACACCAAGCAAUCUAUCGAAGACUUUACAGUGGUUGGGGGACAGCCGAACUUGGAUUUGGACUACUCCAGCAUGACGGUACCCAUGCUCAAACAAGCACUGAAGGAUAGAGGACUGAAAGAAUCUGGGGAAAAGGUCGACUUGGUCGGUCGUCUGGAAGCCUUUGAGUCGGAAAUGCUGGCCGACACAACAAAUGCUGAUGAUACCGAAGAAAGCGUUUUAGAAGUUGCGGAAGAAGCCGACGAUUCGGAAGACCCAGUGACAAUGGAGAGUGAUAUCAAACAUUCGAUUGAAGACUUUACAGUGGUUGAACAAGAACAGCCAGAGAUGGACUAUUCCAGCAUGACUGUGACCCAACUUAAGGAAGAGCUCCGUGCAUUGGAACUGCCAGUCGGUGGUAAGAAGGCUGACCUAAUUGCUAGACUAGAGUCACAUAAUGGCGCUCCGUCCUCGCCGACUACAAAACAAGAAGAUGAGCCAGAGCCUGCUGCUGUUGUUGUCGCUGUUGCAAACGAUGACAGCGCAGUCCAUGAAUCACCACCAGAUGUGGAUUACUCGGGUCAUACAGUCGCAAAGCUCAAGGUCGAGCUUCGAAAGAAAGGCCUCAAAGUCGGAGGAAAGAAAGAAGAGUUGAUAGAACGGCUGCAAAGUGCAUAG